AUGGAUGCGUUGCUCUGUUCCUAUAAUGCACUUUGCAGGGAAUGGUGCCGGAACAAAUUGAGCAAUUUUGGUAGGUGUUUUUGGUCUAGAAACAUGCCCACUGGUAUUCAGGUAUUUCUCAGUAACGGGCCCCCGCGGCAGCGAAGGAAGAUCACGUCACCGGAAGGCUUAAUAGCACGCCAGCGAAGCGUUUCCCCCAAUGCCUUUCGAUUAGCGUCAACCGACUUACUGGAAGGAGAGGAAAUCGGAACACCGCCGAACACUGCCAGGAGUCCCAGUAGGCGCAUAAUGUCUAUCAAUGAUACCCCACAGACUGCGCGAGACCACACUGCGCGAGACCCGACUGCUCGAAACCAUUCCACUCGGGAGUACUCUGCCUUGAACAAUUCCGCUUUAAACAAUUCUGCUUUGAGCAGUCCUACUAAGGAGAUAUCGUCAAAGGACCAGGCGGCAAAUUAUGCACUGGAUCUCUCUAGGUCAUCCCCCGACCCGCAACUCGCUGGCCCGAUUCACAGCUCCCCCCGGGUACCCACCGACUUCAUUCCUUCGCGACGCAUAAUCCGACCCGCAGAGCCCAAAACACCGGGGAAGACACCGACUGCGCGGCUUCUGGACAGCCGUGCUAGGCCGAGUAGCCCGUCGAAGCCCGUGAAACGCUCUAUUGAGACCAGGGGGUCUCCUGACAAAGCUGUUGAUAAAGGUUCCCGCGAUCACAAAUCGGACCAGGCAGAUCGUCAACUUGAAAAUCAAUGGGGGCAGGCGUCUCCCAGGACUGAGGCUUCUCCCAGGACUAAGGCUUCUCCCAGGACUGAGGCUUCUCCCAGGACUGAGGCUUCUCCCAGGACUGAGGCUUCUCCCAGGACGGAGGCCUCUCCCAGGACGGAGGUCUCUCACAGCACUGCGGCCGCUCACAGCACUGCGGCCGCUCACGGGGCUUCAGCUUCUCGUGGGGCUACGGCUUACGGGGCUGCAGCCCAGGAGGCCGAGAGUCACGGGUCUGAGGCUUACCGCCCGCGGGGGAGUAAGUGGAAGGGAACCAGCGGAAAGUCGACUCCUGCCAAGAAGGUACCGAGUCCCGCUGAGGUGGCAGGCCCCGCGAAGGUCCCUGGUCACGAAAAGCCAUCUGGCCACGAAAAGAUGCCUGGUCACGAGAAGAUGCCUGGUCACGAGAAGGUGUCUGGUUACGAGACGACGGCUUGUGCGAGUAAGAGGGGCCCUAGUGAAGGCAAAGCGGACCUGGAUGUAGUGGGUGAUAAAAGGGUGGUUUCACACCAAAAGAAGCUGGCAGGUAAUAGUGUUUCCGGCAGCCCAAUAGUCAAGCCUGUUGACGCCACGGGGGUGGCAGAACCGCGGCAGAAGAGGUCACUGGCGAGGGAGAGUCCAGAAAGAGAGAACUCAGCAAGGGAGAGUGCAGGAAGAGAGAAUCGCUCAAGACAGCAGUCAGACGGAAGGCCAAAAUCCGGCGCAAGACAGCAGUUAGACGGCGCAAGACAAAAUGCAGGUACUAAUUCUCGAGGUCCGUCGCGAGUAGACGUUAUUAGGACGGAUGCGUCAAGCAGCCCGUUAGUGAAAUCCCAAGGAGCGAGUUCCCGCCAUGUGCCCAGAGAGACACCUAUGGCUCAGCCGACUGCUUUGUCACAUGAAGACACACUUCGGGAGCGUUGUUCCGGACGGCCAGCUGAGUCCGGUGGCCCUGGAGAUAAGACCUUAGAAUUACCGUGUGCCGCAACCGGACCCCGCCUUGACAACGGAGCUCAGAUGGGGGACCGCUCGGGCAGUUGGCCCUCUGCGGAUGAGAAGCUGUCGGAGCCGGCAAAGGAGGCAGAUCUCGUGGUCGAUCCAAGCGUCGAUCCAAGCGUCGACCCAAGCCUCCUCGAUCCAAAGUUCGUCGAUCUAAGAUUCGUCGACUCAAAGCUUGUCGACCCAAAGCGUGUCGACCCAAAUCGUGUCAAUCCAAAGCUUGUCGAUCCGAAACUUGUGGGUGCAGAAGCGAGCACGACGGGCCGUGGAGUGGGAGCCCCGCCUGCAUUGCCGCCCACGUUGACGCCUGAGCGGACGCCUGAAAAGCAUGACGAGGGAGCUUACUCGUUUACACAGACUCCAGAGUCUGACUUGCAUAUACCCGAUCUUCCUGACGGGACGUUUCGAAUGGAUGCCUCCGUAGGCGAACUUUCGUCCUCUAAUAACAGUCGCUUCAAACAGUCCGAACUGGCCACGGUAGAGGCCAGCGGGAGUCCCCCGUUACCGACUGGAGGAGGACCGGCUCAAGAAUGGAUUGCUGACGGCUCGAUACCGGUGUUGACCAACCCACCUGGCGCUUUCCCUCAGGGUUCUUUGCCUCAAGAUUCUUACCCUCAGGGUUCUUUAGCUCAGGGCCCUUUCCUCCAGGGUCCUUUCCUGCAAGGUCCUUUCCUGCAAGGUCCUUUCCUGCAAGGUUCUUACCUCCGAGGAGCCUUCAGUUUGGCUAGUACCGAUUCGUCGAUGGGAAUCCAUGCGAAUGAAAACUGUCGAUUCGCGGACGCUGGCAAGCCUACCAUUUUUGCCGCUGCCGCCGACGGAGUGGUCAAUAGACGGCGAAGAACGAUCCAGACAACCCGGCUGGACAUUAUAAAUGAACCUUAUGUGCCCGAAAUUAGCUUAAGUCGGGCUGUACGGCAGGGAACUAGCACGCGUGUGCAAACGGCCGUGCACGAAUGGGCAAAAAACAGACAAGCCCUGAGUCGAGUGCACAGAAGGAUCUUUGACACUAAACCUUUGCCACCUACCAUUCAUAGUCCGAUCCAGAACUCUCGACCGUAUCAUACAGUGGUAACUGAACAGGGCAUUGCUCUGAAAACGUCAAUCACGACUCGCAAAAUAUAUCUUGUCGGGGCUGAAAAACAUGAACCGGCUACAAUAUCUACAGUUCCUGUAGUACCUACAGACAGUGGCGUUGGCACUGGUGCUGCUACGGUACAGAAUACUGCCGCUACAGGCGAUGCUGCCCACCUCGAUCUUUAUCUUGAUUCGCAUGCCGAUCAAUCAGAUCGAUCGGUUCCGGCUCCGGCGAUUCCGACGGAUCCGACGGCGCUGCGGACGGGCGACAGCCGGUGCGCGGUUCGUGCACCGGCCAUGAAGGUGCUGGGUGGCGCAGUGUUGGGUGGCGCAGUGGAGUGUUUGGGGAUCGGUCGACGGAAGCGUCUGGGCAGUCGGCCUUUGCGGGCGGCGCACGUGAUCACCCGGAUACCGCCGCGGUUGGCGUACAACAUUCCUCCGUUUGGGGUAGCGGGACGCGUGCUGGCGCAGCCGCGACGAGUCUUACGACAUGCGGCAUCGGACAAUGUGAGUCAUCGCGCGGGUGUGGACGACGAGGGAGACGAGCCCGACUUCGAACCGUUGGCGAGACUGGAGCGGUGGAAGACGGCCGUAGUCCCCUUUGGCAGUGAUGAUACUACCUCCAAGUUCGACGACUUUUUCGAGUCGCCACUACACCGUCCAAAGGUGUCCCCCAAACGCUUCUACCCUAGACCGAAUGGACCUCUUAUCCCACCCGAUGAAGAUGAAACCCUCAGCGACGUCACCGUCCUCGGAGCCUCCGCUGGUAGCAGACCAGUCAGCAGCCAAGUCAGCAGCCAAGACGCCACCCGACCACACGACCCUUACAGACCACCCACACCCGUCCUCCCCGCCGCGCCUCACUCCCUCGAGACAUCCCCACGUGCCCAAGACACCUCCAGGACCAUGGCCGCUGCCAGGCUUGUCGAGAUUCACAACGAGAAAGACCCAUUCGCGCAACGAGCACCACAAGCCCCGGGAGCACCACCGGCCCCGGGAGGAGGACCACAGACCUCGGGAGGAGGACUAGAGACCUCGGUAGGAGGACUACAGACCUCGGGAGGAGGACCACAGACCUCGGGAGGAGGACCAGAGGCCACUCAAAAGACCGGUCAGUCGGCCGACCUGGCACAGACGGUCGGCCGGGACCGCGUCGCGACCGGCACAGAGCGGGAGAGCACAGAGCGGAUCGAUGGACCGGGGCGGUCGCCUACUCCCUCCAUCGCGCCUGCAGAGGGUGCUUCGACCGCUCCAUCUGCGGUGCCUUCGGCAGUACCGUCAGAUGACAGACGACAGGUGACUAUACAGGAUGGCCAAGGAGAUGGGAUGUGUUUCGUGGAGGGUGAUGGACGUCGUGUCUCUCAUCACCGCGGCCCUUCGCACCAUCGAGGGCCUUCGCAUCAUCGCGGGGCGUCGCAUCACCGUGGUGCUUCGCAUCGGCGCGUGACAAGUAAGGGGUUGGAGGGUGUGCGGAAGGAGCAGGCGCCCAGUAAGGAGCGACUAGGAAGUAAGGACCGGCCGGCGGUUGGUGGUUUUGGUGCAGCCAUGGCGGGUGUGUUCGCCGCCAUCAAUGCCAAGGGCGGGGGUGGCGGUGUGGCAAAGGGCUGGAAACGAAGGACCCCAGCCGCCGCGCCUGUGGAUGUAAGCCGUAUUGACCCCAUCUUCGGCCCCUGCCCACCGGAGGACCUGGUCCCCAAAAAGCUCAACUGGAUGGUGCUCAAGCCCGACGCAGUCCAGAAGACCGUCUGGGCCAACGUACUUAGGGAGGACACGGUUCUACCCCCCGCCAGACACCCAGACAACGGGCCCCGACUCGACGUGGCGGAGGGCCCCAAGGUCGGAUUCAAAAACGCUGCACCAGGUCAGAGUGGGUUGACACCCACUGGAGCCACACUCGCCCGCACGAAUAGUGUGUGCAUUCUCGCCGAGUCAGGUACUGAUGCGGUGGAGGUUGUGCCUUGUCGGGUCGACCCCGAUUACCAGUUGCUGCAGAAACUAUUCUUUGCGGACAAGGAGGCACUUAAGAAUCAACCGUCUUUCGAGUCAAAAAAAUUGGUAAAGAGGAAAGGUGUUCUGGACACGCGCCGUAUCCACAACAUGGAGAUCUCGCUCAAGGGUCUUGGUAUCUAUGACAACAAGACGCUGCUCGUGCGAGCCGUGCUCGACAUGAACACUCCAGAGACAUAUCGGAUAGCCAAGGAGUACAAGCAAAGACGCCUGCAACUCGAGUUGGAGAAAAAGGCCGAGAACAAGGGUACCGAGAACAAGGAAACCGAGAGCAAGGGUACCGAGAACGAGGGUACCGAGAACACGGAAGCCGAGAACAAGGGUACCAUCGAUGAUGGUACCGUGGGUGAUGGCGUCCAGAGCGGGAUGGCACAGGAAGACGGUACUGAGAGUCCGGGUGAGUCUUGCGCUGAUGUGUCUGGUGCAUCUUCGAGCGACGUCUUGAAGUUGCUGGACUUACCGGAUAUUCCGACUCCGCGAGACGGGUAUCAGUUUACUAGUGAGGCGUUAGCGGUGUUGGCGACGUUAGCGCCAAGUAAGGACGAGAUUGAGACGUUGCGAGCUGCAAGUAAGGACGACUUGACGGUGAGUGAGCAGCAUUUGUUGGAGUGGUCUACUGUGUCGCGUUUUGCGGAGAAGUUGGAAUGUUUAGCGGGAGUGAUAUCGUACCGUGAGACAUUUGAAAGGUUUAACAAGUUGGCCCAUUCUCUGAAACGGGUUGUGACAAAUUGUUUAAAAGAGAUUUUGGAGAGGAAUGCGUUUAAGACAUUGUUGGCAUUACUGCUUAAAUGUGGUAAUUAUUUGAACUAUCGAACUUCUAAACGUGCCCUUGGGGUUGCUUACACAUCACUCGACCUCUUCCGACGGACCACAGCCUAUGCCCUGGACGCAAAUGGCGCCGUCACGAGCGGCGCCAGCGGCAAAUCUUUACUUAUGUAUGUCGCCGGAGUGAUCGAACGAGAUAGCCCUAUUCUGUGGCUGCCGCUAGAAGAAGCUUUCAGCCACUGUCUAGAGAUAUGUAAUUUGAGUUUGAAAGAACUCCACAACUGUUUAUACCAAUUGGAAACACAGGUCAAAAAAAUUCGUGUGGAAGUCACCGAACACAUCGACCAACAUCAUGAUCUAUUUGUAACCAUCAUGACCAUCUUCGUCGAACUCGCUGUCAGCGAACUUAACCAAUAUCACGAUCUUAUCACCUCUCUUGAACCAGAUCUUCUCAAGCUCGCACGGCUUUUCCAACCGAAUGUUACUGAUGCUGAACAAGGAUUUGAAAUAUUAAGGUUUCUAGGCAAGUUCUAUAAAGACCUCGCCACCUGCCGAGAUCAUGAAAAAGAAGAAAUGAUGAAGGCACGAUUGCGAGCGUUACGGAAAGGUUCCAUUAGACCAGCGUAA